GGGAUUUUCCUGACAGGUCCGUUGUGAUUUUUUUGACAGUGGUUUUUGUAGCUUUGAUCUUUGCGGAUGUUUUCUGAAUUUAUAUAUCACUUACCAGCAGCCUUUUAGCACUCUAUGUCUGCCAUUGAAGGCUACCGUUAGACCCAUUUUCUGCUUCACCCAGUCAUUCCAUGGCCGAUCAGCAUGAGUCCAUCGAUCUCGGUGGUCCUACAGUGGACUCGUCAGCAGCUGCAGUGCACAGCUGGUUCCCCAGUCCUCCACCACCCAUCUAUUCCUGUACCCUGACCCCUGAACUGGUGGCCAAGGCACGUGAGGAGCUCCAAGAGAAGCCAGAAUGGCGUCUACGGGAUGUCCAAGCACUGAGGGACAUGAUACUUAAGUUAACUUUUUUUCCCCUCUUGGCUCUGCAGGAACAGCCCAAUCUCAGGACACGACUUGAUGAUGCCUUCCUGCUGCGCUUCCUGCGGGCUAGGAAGUUCGACUAUGACCGUGCCCUGCAGCUGCUCCUCAAUUACCAUGCAGGACGUAAGGCUUGGCCAGAGGUGUUCCAGGACCUGAAGCCAUCCACAGUGAAACACGUCCUCGACCUGGGCUUUCUCACAGUGCUGCCACGGCCGGACCCCAAUGGAAGAUACAUCCUCUGUCUGCGCCCAGGAAAAUGGAAACCAAAUGAUUACCCAUUUGUUGACAAUGUUAGAGCGAUUUAUUUGACUCUGGAGAAGCUGAUUCAGCCGGAGGAAACGCAGGUGAACGGCAUUGUUAUUUUAGCAGACUACACCGGAGUGGGCAUGUCACAAGCAUCCAAUCCAGGCCCGUUCCUCGCCAAAAAAGUUGUGAGCAUCCUCCAGGAUGGGUUUCCGAUCAGAAUCAAGGCCGUUAACAUAAUUAAUGAGCCGCGGAUUUUCAAAGGGAUCUUUGCUAUAAUUAAGCCGUUUCUCAAGGAGAAGAUGGCAGAGAGGUACAUCCUCCACGGUUCAGACCUGCGCUCCCUGCACCGGAACAUCCCACGAUCGGUCCUGCCAGAGGAAUACGGCGGCACCGCGGGCCAGCUGGACAUGAGUGCGUGGUCAAGACUGCUGCUGGACUGCGAGGAGGAAUUUGUAGUGGAGUUCUGCCAGCCGGAUCCACUAGAGGGCGUGGUGCUUCCAGAGUCCAUGCUCUUUGAAGGAGAGCAGGCCAGCGGGCAUGAUGACGACACCUUCAGGGGGCUGCGCUCUCAGCUUUACUACUGUUACUGAUGUUCGCUGUAGUCGCAGAGCUCCCAUCACUGAGAGGACAUUUUCUGUUUCAUUUAAGAAACACGUGUGUAGACUUUUACAGGGCAAGUUGCCAAUAUUAUACAUGAUUUAUUUUACUAAGUAAGCAGCACUUAGGUGGUAUAGUCUACUGUUGUUCACAUGUGGCCCAGCAUUCAAUCAUUCAUCUAAGGCAGCUCCAGGUACUGGUUAAGAUGCUUUUUUUUUUCAUACAUUGAUGCAUGUUCAGCCAAUAUUGAUGACCUCUAAGAACUGAUUAUCGGUGGGGUUUAUAAUAUUGGUUCACAACAGAUUUUUCUUGCCAUCCAUCCAUCUUUUUCUGCUUAUCCGGGGCCGGGUCGCGGGGGCAGCAGCUUAAGCAGAGAAGCCCAGACC